GCCUACCAGCCAUGUUCAAGACGACAAAGGCCGCCACUUCUGAGAAGAAUGCUGGGGACAGUGAUGCAGUUGCAGAAGGUGCAGCGCCGGAGCCUGAACAUUUCACAACCGUUGUCGGAGGGGGCUUUCGUCAACAGCAAUCCGGCGUCAGCGCAACAAGCUACUUCUCCGCUCUGUCAGAGACGCUGGCAGAAAUCCGCGAAGCAGGCCCCCUUCUGCUGUCGUCGCUAUGCCUCGUAAGCGCGCUGGAGGGAGCCGACAUGGCCCUGCUGCCGGCUGUGUUCUAUGCUCUUCAGACAGAUUUGGGCCUCCACCUGAAUGACCUUGCGACCAUGACCCUCAUCCAGGGAGUGACGUCUUCCGCAGUGGCACCCUUUUGGGGCAUCAUCGCCGAUCGCGGAAUUCUGAAAAGGAAGACUAUCAUCAUCAUGGGCUGCAUACUCCAGGGACUAGUCACCAUGUUGCUCUCCGUGGUGGAUCAGAUGGUGGGGAUGACGCUGCUACGAGCACUGAAUGGAGCUCUCUUAGCCUCACUCCGACCUGUGGCCAACGGAGUCAUUGCUGAUGUGACAUCUGAGCAGCGGCGCGGGAAGGUCUACGGCUUUGUGCAGCUGUGUUCGAAUGUGGGUCUGAUGGCGGGUGGCCUCAUCGGCACUCCUCUUUCCACACAGCUGGUUUGGGGCUGGCAGGGCUGGCGAAUUUCCUUCAUCGGCAUCGGGUCGCUGUCUGUUUUGGUUGGCCUGUUCGCCGCCUUCACAAUGACAGAGCCCGAGCGCGAGAACUCUGGGAAGGGAGCGAAGGAGCGCGGCGCUUUGAGGCAGGAACUUGGAAAGCUGUUGAGCUACUUCCGUAUGCCAACCUUCUGUGCCUUGAUCUUCCAAGGAUGGUUCGGUAGCAUUCCAUGGAAUGCCAUGGGCUACUCCACCCUCUUCUAUCAGGUUGGAGGAAUUGGCGAUGCCCGAGCCGCCGUGCUUGCCGCUGUAGGCCAGGCAUCCGGCGCCAUCGGAGGACUUCUCGGAGGUCUUAUUGGUGACCGCCUUUCUGCCUGCUGCCCGAUGCAUGGCCGUCCGACCACGGCACAGAUCUCCGUCCUGUGUGGCAUUCCGGUGGCCUACUGCAUCUUCAUGGUUGAGCCACCAGAAGGUGAGGCUGCCUUCUACUACUACUUGGGGUUGGUGAUUUUCCUGGGCCUGACGGCAACCUGGUGUGGUGUCGGGGUGAAUUUGCCAAUUUUAACCGAGAUCGUGCGUCCCGAAGGGAGGUCUACGAUCCUUGCAUGGGAGUCGGCGCUGGAAAGCACCUUUGCAGCUAUCCUUGGCAACGCCAUGGUUGGCUUCUUGGCUCAGAACGUGUUUGGAUACAAGAUUGACGAGGCACACAAGGAAGCCGCCUCAGAUCCCGACAGCCGCCGUGCGCUGGGGAAGGCAUUGACCCUCACUUGCUUCACACCGUGGCUUAUUUGCUGGUUUGCAUACACCCUUCUCCACUGGAGCUACCCGAAGGACCUGAAGCGUGUCAGGGAUGAGAAGAUGAAAGACAGGAAGGAAGCCCGGAUGAAGAAGCAGCAGGAGCGUGAGGAGGCCAAGAAGGCUGCCAGAGAGGCAGGCAAAGCACAGGCAGUAGCUUUUGAGGAAACGCCACCGAUGCCCCACAAAGAGGUGGAGGGCGCGGAUGAACCGCCUAUGGCAGGCACCGUGAUUUCUGUGUGA